AUGUCUUUACUGAACUCGGUAAAGACGGCGGUUCAGCGGCCGGUGAAGAUAAACCGGCAGAGCUGGGAGAACUUCCAGCACGGGAAGACCAACCGCCCCAGCAGGAGUGAGACACGUCCCCACGUGUUAAUGGACGGACAUUUGGACGCUCCUGCACUGAAACAGGCCAGACUCCAGCUGGAGAGAGUCGUUCGCACCAGCGGAACCUCUCGUAAGAGGAAGCUGGAGGAGACACCGGAGGAUAAAGCUCCAGUGAUGAAAAAGGCUCAAAUCCAGCUGGAGAGAGCUCUUCCCACAGUAUGGAUUAUAGGCGACAGCUAUGUUCGCCGUGGGGAGGAGAUAGCGAGGAGCUCACUGGGAGGUGACCUGGGAGUGCAGGCUGAGAUCAGCUGGUUCGGCUGGGGAGGACUAAGGUGGCGAGGACUUGUUCCGUUCUUUAACCAAUCUCUACAAGGAAGAACGGCUCCGGACGUGCUCGUCAUCCACUGUGGCGGCAAUGACCUUGGAGGGAUGAGCGCCGUCCAUCUCAGUGCAGAGAUGAAGUUGGAUCUGCUUGAUCUCCAUCGUCGUUUCCCACACAUAAAGAUCAUGCUGUCAGAUAUCACCCCAAGACGCCAGUGGAGGUCCACCAUGCACCCCAAGCGGAUCGAUGCGGCCCGGAAAUGGGUAAACCGCGAGAUGGCUGAUUUCGUCUUGGGAGUGGAGGGGGGUGUUAUUCAUCACCCUGAUAUCAUGUUCCACAACCCUGGGCUCUUCCUCAGAGACCAGGUCCACCUGUCUCCUUCAGGCAAUCAGCUGUUUUUGAAUGACAUUGCAGAAUCCCUGAAAACCUUCAUAUAAUAAAGGUGAUUCUGCUGAAAUCA